CCAUGGCAUUCCGCAGUUGCUUCCGGUUUCGAGCUGAAAUAUAAAUUAUUCCCCAGGCAGAGCAUCUGGACUGAUGUCUGAAACCCUCUCAAGGACAACACUCUUCCUGCUUCAGGUCUGGAGCUGAAACAGUUUUCAGAACAUUCGGAAACUCUGAAAGAUGCAGCAGCUGCUGAAACUGUUUUUCAUUUUGCAAACAGCUGUUCGAGGUGAACCAUUCAUUGGAGAGGUGACUCAACCGCGUCUGCUCAGUGUCUUGACAGGAGAAUCAGUCACAAUAAACUGUACAUGGAUUUAUAAUGGAACUAAUCAUGAAUGGAUCCAUGCUAAUUUCCAGAGGGAGCCACUACUGGGAAAUAAGAACUCCUGCAUUAAGAAGCUGACCUGUGUUCGCGAUGUUACUCUGGGUAGUUUCGGUCGCUGUUUCACAUCACUGGAGAUUGAAAACGUUUCUAUUGAUCAUUCUCAGAACAAAUAUACCCACAUGGUGAAGCUACCGAAAGUCUAUCCUCCAUUAGAGAGUAAAGGACAAGGAACAAGGUUGCAGAUUUACGGUGAACCAUUCAUUGGAGAGGUGACUCAGCCGCGUCUGCUCAGUGUCUUGACAGGAGAAUCAGUCACAAUAAACUGUACAUGGAUUUAUAAUGGAACCAAUAAUGAAUGGAUCCAUGCUAAUUUCCAGAGGGAGCCACUACUGGGAAAUAAGAACUCCAGUAAUAAGAAGUUGACCUGUGUUCGUGAUGUUACUCUGGGUAGUUUCGGUCGCUGUUUCACAUCACUGGAGAUUGAAAACGUUUCUUUUGAUCAUUCUCAGUACAAUUAUAUCUGCAUGGUGAAGCUACCGAAAGUCUACCCUCCAUUAGAGAGAAGAGGACAAGGAACAAGGUUGCAGAUUUACGAAAUGCCUGAAAUUUCCAUUAUUGGUGGUAGUUUGGUUGCUGGACAAAAGUCUGUUCUGACCUGCUCUGCCCAAGGGUUGUACUCUGAGAAUAUCUCCUUUACCUGGACCUGUAAUGGAAUAAACAUGAUGACAAACAUCCCUGUCCCAACCUUGAAAGGAAUGGUUCAUGGUAAACCUAAUGCUACCAGCAAAUUUGAGAUCAUCCCUCAAGUGAUUGAUCAUGGAACUGUCUGUACAUGUCAGAUAAAUCAUGUUACUUUUAAACAGCCAUUAACAGAACGGAUCAAACUAGAUGUUAAGUAUGGGCCACUGGAACCAACAAUAAUGUACAAGUUGAAAGACACUUACCAUGUGAAGGCCAGUAACGGUGUAACUGUCCCCAGUAACUCACCUGUGGAACUGAGAUGCUCUGUGGAUAGUAAUCCAGUCGCCACUGUAAUAUGGCUGAAGAAUGGAAAAAAUUUAACUUCUAUGAUAGAAAACAUAAUUCGAUUAAACAGUUCGAUAUUAACGAUACCACACUUCCAGCCUAAAGAUGCAGGAGUCUAUUGGUGUGUGGCAAAUAAUAGCUAUGGCUGGAGAAAUGGCAGUGUUUCGUUGAUGGCUUUUCAGAAAGAUCAUUUGUUGCUUUACAUUCUAUCUUCAAUCAUUGGUGUUAUUGGGUUAAUCGGUAUGAUAGCAAUAUACGUUUGUCUGAUCUGGAAGAGACAAUUGAAAGGUCCAGUUAAUGUACCCAUUGAACCAAGUCCAGAAACCAUGAUCAAGAAUGAAAAAUACAACACUGAAUCAGAUACAAUAUAUGCCUUUGUCAGGAGAAAUAAUCUACAAAGCAAUCCAAAACAUGCAACAGCAGAUCCUGUCAAUGAAUACAGCAAUCUCGAAGAGGGGGAAGAAGUGUCCUAUGCAGAUAUUGUCAUUCAUAAUCCAAGGCGACAAUGCUAUGACCAACAGCCCAAGCAAGUCAGUAAUGUAACAGAGAAAAAUGCCAGGAAAGACUUCAAAUACAUGCAUGGUUCAUCUCCCUUCAAACAUAUUGAUGAUACCUCAGAAUAUUCAGUCGUGCGAAUUUCACACCAGGACUUGAGAACUGUUUGACUGUGCAGCAGAGAUUAGCUGUUUGAUGUAUUGUCAAAUUGCUAACAAACCACUCGUCUGUAUCCACAGGAAAGACUUGUUAAAGUGAAGGUGCUUUAUUCAUGAAACAAACAUCUGCAAACUGAGGGAUCGUGACUGAGUGAACAAGAACGUGAAUAAGGAAGCACAAGUUACUUCACAAAGUUUACUGCAUUCUGUCAGGGUUUUACCAUUCACUUUUGUUUCUUUAAGAUGUUGGAAAUCCAUCAAGGGUCCAGCAUUUUUGAACAUGCAUAAUCCAAAAUUGUCAUUCCUUCUCCUGCAACAAGAAGAAUCAUGGCAGCUAUUAGUACCUGCAGCUCUCUGGGGAACCUGACCAUUUCUUAUGUAUGGAGUAAGCUUUGAGUUUGUAUUUCAUUUUGAAAGCCCCUAAUGCAGCCUUUCAAAGGUUUGGAGAUUCAACCGUACAAAACACCAGAGCCAACUGGAAUCUGAUUUUACUAGAUUUUACUGUUGGAGACACUGGACGACAGUGAGAAAACAGAAUCUUAGCUGUUUUUACUGCUGCAUUCAUAAUGACCGAGGGACAAGAAAACGAAUGCAAUGUUGAAUUGACUGAGUUUAGCUUGGUCAUCAUACACCAAGGGUCAAAACAUGAAUGGCUCCUCUGGUUCAGAGUCACAGUGCACAGUCUAUGUGUCACUAGGCCAUGAAUAUACUAAUGGGAAAACUUAACCUAUCUAAGCAGCAGUAUCAUUGUAAGUACAUAGGCAAAAAAAAAUCUACAUUGCAAGGCUUCAAAGUACAAAGCUGCAGGUUGGUAAACCUGUUCACGAAUUCUACUCAUAAAUGCAACAAUGUAUAUGUCAUGAAGAUGUUUGUACUAAGUAUUAUGCAUGACUUCCAGUA